CCAGGGGAGGGAGUGGCUGUGGGCGGCUGUGGCUUUGGCCUUUAUUUACUCCUUAAGAACCGUUCAUCUCUGCUGACCUCCCUCCCUCGUCGUCCUCCUCCGCUCCGCUCUCCAACGCCACGGACGCGUCCCAAUUAAACCCUACUCUCUCUCUCUCUCUCUCUCUCUCUCUCUCUCCUCUUGUUAUUUCCGCCAGCCUCUCCACGCACGCAGAAAAAAUCAGGGACAGAAAUAAGCGGAGGGGAGGGAGAGGAGGAAGGGAACAAAAGACAAAUUCUGUGCGGUGGAAUGGAGGUUUCGGCCGAGUGCGCGGGCGGCGGGAGGGUCAGGAAGGAGGCCGACCUCUUCCUCGUCGACGACCUCCUCGACCUGCCGUGCGACGACGAGGAGGAGGCGCAGGAGGCCGUGGUGGUGGGCGAUGGGGAAGGGGACGGGGACGGGAGUAAGCAGCAGCAGGCUGCUGCGUUGUUGGGCGGCCGGGCUUGUGGUGCCGGCGGGGAGGACGGUGCCGGCGCCGGUAACGCGUCGAACGACUCGUCGGCGGUGACGACUGCGCUGGACAGCUGCAGCAAUUCCCUCUCCGUUUCCGGACUCGCCGACGGGGACUUCUCCGGCGGGCUGUGCGAGCCGUACGACCAACUGGCGGAGCUGGAAUGGCUGUCCAACUACAUGGGCGAGGACAACUUCCCCACGGAGGACCUCAAGAAGCUGCAGCUCAUCACCGGCAUUCCGCCGGCCGGCACUGCCACCGCCACGGCGCCAGCUCCCGCUCCUGCGGUCGUCGCCGCACAGCAGGCACAGGCACAGCCAGCCGGCGGCGUGUUGCCACCGGAGGCGCCCGUCCCAGGAAAGGCGCGCAGCAAGCGGUCGCGCAUCGCGCCAUGCAGCUGGGCCUCCCGCCUGCUCGUGCUCCCGCCACCUCCGGCGUCGCCACCGUCCCCGGCGUCCGCGGCCAUCUCGCCGUCCGAGUCCGGUACCGCGGCGCCUGCGUUCCCGGCCAAGAAGCCGUCGAAGCCUGCGAAGAAGAAGGAGGCGUCGACGCCGUCGCUGCCAAACAACAACGCCGCCGCCGCUGCGGCUGCUGCUGCGUCGGCGGCGGCCGCGGGGGAAGGGAGGCGGUGCCUGCACUGCGAGACCGACAAGACGCCUCAGUGGAGGACGGGGCCGCUGGGCCCCAAGACGCUGUGCAACGCGUGCGGUGUGCGGUACAAGUCGGGGCGCCUCGUGCCGGAGUACCGUCCGGCGGCGAGCCCGACGUUCGUGGUGUCCAAGCACUCCAACUCCCACCGGAAGGUGCUGGAGCUGCGCCGCCAGAAGGAGGCGCACCUGCACCCGCACCCGCACCACCAGUACCAGCCACAGCCGCCGCAGGGGCCGCUCGCCCACAUCGGCGGCGCCGGUGGCGGGGCGGCCUUGAUGCACGCGCCGAACCCGCUGAUGUUCGACGGGCCGGCGGGGCCGCUCAUCGGCGACGACUUCUUGAUCCACAACCACCACAUAGGGCCGGACUUCCGUCAGCUCAUCUAGGAACGUCGUCGUCUGGUCUCUUUGCUCGCUCUAGAGUUGAUCCAAUAGCCCAGCAGCCCAGGAAUAAUUCAGCAAAACCAAAAACUGAUCUUUUUUAGGAGUUUUUUGUCCAGUUUUUUUUUCUUAAAUUUUCAUUAGACAGUCCUUUCUGGAAUCUUUAUUUUUGUUUUCUCUCUUGAUUUCUCAUCUCCUUUUUUGAGCCUUUUUUUCUUAGACUCUUCUCGGAUUUUUGAGUUUCUGACACCGCCUUAGAAAAUAAUUCUAGGGAGUUGUUUUAUUUUCGUAGCCUCUUUUUAAUUUCCUCUCUUUCUUAGCAUCUACCUUUUGAUUUGUAUAAUGCAGAGCUCCUAGAGGAAGAGUAAACAAGCAGUUUUAAGUUCAAACUUCAAAGCUAGUGUGAGACUUCCUUACUUGUU